AUGGCGCGCCAGAAACAAGCAAAGCCAGCCAAAGACGAUGCCGCAGACUCGUCUCUGGGAUUCACUCCCGAGCGGUUCGAGCGGGAGCUCAAGGACCUCGCGGCCAAGGCGAAGAGCGACACGCGGGCCAACCGCCUGCUCGGCCAGGCGACGCUCUACGUCAAGACGGCGGUGCUGCUGACCCUGCUGGGCGUGUACUCCAACGCCUCGCAGCUGGCGCUGUCGCCCGUCUACGGGUCCGUCCCGGCGGCGGCGUGGCACUCCAGGGCGCUCAUGGCCGGGUGCUUCGUCGGCUGGGCGGGGAACCUCGCGCUGAGGCAGCUGCUGCCCGUGAAGACGGCGAAGCUGCUGCCGCUGGUGGCGCUGUACGUGCCCGUGAUGCAGUGCUUCCUGUAUCGGUUCAGCCAGGCGCUGGGGCCGAGCUACGGGCCGCUUGUGACGGAGGGGGUGACGUUGGUUCCGCUGGCGAUUCUGACGGCUUCUUGCGUGGCGGACAACUUAGAGGAUGUGGAUCUGAGUUCGUUGCCCAAGGGGCUGGGAGAUGCGGUUCCUGGGAUUGGAUCUUGGGGGACGUUUAAGCUGGUCGAGCACGUUGCGGAGAAGCUCCUGCAGAAGCACGUCGGGACGGUGUUUUGGUACACGCGGAUGGGCCUGGAGAUUCUGCUUGCUGGGUCCUACGCGGUGUUUGCGCCCUCCAAAUGGCUCGCCCUCGCGAUCCCGGCGCUGGUGCACACGGCCAUGUUCAACCCUCACGUGGCUACGCCGGCGGCCACGGCACUGUUGAAUACCACCAUGGCGGCGGAUCACUGGCUGCUGCUGGACCGGCGGGAGUCGGUGACGGGGUACAUCUCGGUGGCUGAGAACACGCAGACCAAGAUGCGCGUUAUGCGGGCUGACCACAGCUUGCUGGGGGGAGAUUGGGUGGAGUGGCGUGGGAAUCAAGUGACGGAGCCUAUCUACGCCGUCUUUGUGAAUCUGGAGGCCAUUCGCUUGGUUGAGAGGGAGAGGCCGGUGGCGGAUUCAAAGGCCAAGGCGCUGGUCAUUGGCCUUGGUAUUGGCACGAUGCCGUCCGCACUUGUGUCUCAUGGGAUUGAGACUACUGUUGUGGAGAUUGACCCAGCUGUGUACGACUUUGCUCAAAAGUACUUUCAGCUCAGGGAGAAUCGCCCUCCUGUCAUCGAGGACGCGGUCAAGUACGCUAACAAGGCCGCCAACGAGACCAAGGAAGUCUACGACUAUAUUGUUCAUGACGUCUUCACUGGAGGCGUAGAGCCUGUGGCCUUGUUUACCUAUGAGUUCCUGAACAACCUUUACACUCUGCUGAAGCCAGAUGGAGUCAUUGCCAUUAACUACGCGGGCGAUUUGAUGCUGCCUACGUCAAAGACGAUUGUCCGGACGAUUAUGAAAAACUUUCCGACUUGCCGCCUGUUCAGGGAGAACCCUCCAGACAAGAGGGCCGUUGCCGAGACGGGCACGGAUUUCACCAACCUGAUCAUCUUCUGCCGCAAGGUCGAUAAACUCACCUUCCGCGACCCGGUACCGGGGGAUUACCUGAACAGCCCGUCUCGACAGAGCUUCCUGACUCCUCAGCAUGAGAUCUCGCCCCGGGACUUGUUCGCCAUAGGCAAGGACGAAGAGGGCAGCGUCCUGUACAGGAACGGGACGGACAAGGCUAGCGAAGGGCAGCAGGCGAAUGCGGCUGGACAUUGGGCGGUUAUGAGGACGGCGCUUCCGGCUCGUUUCUGGGAGAAUUGGUAG